ACAUGUUUUUUGACAUUACAACCCGGAAGUGAACCAUCCAUGUGCGCACGUGGUUUUCAUAAUCAAGCGUCAAAAUGGCUGAACAGAGAUGGGUACCCCUGGAGUCUAACCCCGAUGUGCUGAACAAGUAUAUCCAUGACCUCGGAGCCCCAAGCAAGUGGCAGUUUGUGGAUGUGUUUGGUUUGGACGAUGACCUCCUCGCCAUGGUACCCCAGCCAGUGGUGGCCAUUAUGCUGUUGUAUCCACUCACAGAGAAGGUAGAGGGAAGCCCAAUUGGAGAUGUGGACACAGGUGUUUUAGAAAAGGCCUACUUCAUCAGACAGACCAUCCGCAAUGCCUGUGGAACUAUUGCGCUUGUACAUGCCCUGGCCAAUAACAAGGACAAGAUUGAGUUUGAUGAUAGCAAAUAUUUCACCAAGUUCCUGGAAAGUACCAAGACCAUGAGCCCAGAAGACAGAGCAGGCUUUCUGGAGAAAGAUUCUAAUAUGGGGAACAUUCAUGAAGAAAGUGCACAGGAAGGCCAAACGCAGGCUCCUUCGAGAGAGGAUGAGGUGAACCCCCACUUCGUGGCCUUCAUCCAUCAGGACGGCGGCCUGUACGAACUUGACGGGCGUAAGGAUGGACCAAUCAGACACUCUGAUUCAACACCAGAGACCCUCCUGCAAGACACAGCCAAGGUCCUGCGGAAGUUCAUGGACCGGGAUCCAGAAAACAUCAACUUUGCAAUCACUGCCUUGGUCCAGAAUUAGGACCCGUCUACCAGGUCAAGCAAAAAUGCACCACCACAUUUUCUGUGGCUUAUUGCAACAAUCCUGCUGAUUGGCUAAUAUCUCUCUACUCUCAAAGCAGUGUGGUUGCUUUUGUUAUAUGCAUAGCCAGGUCAGCAGGUGGUUCACCAAGGAAAUAUUUACAAAACAGUUGACGUAAUGACUUUUUCCAAAAAACAAAUAUUUUCUUAGCAAGAACAUCAACCUGUGCCUUUUGAGUACAGGAAAAAAUCAUUGAAAGAAAAAAUUAAUAAAAUAGAUAACUGAAUUUGAGGUGACAUUUGCUACUUCAUGUAAAACCAUUUCCGUCACCAGUACACUAUCAGUAUGCAUGUGGACCAUGUUCUGGAGGCUCACUUCAGGAAGAGGUUUGCCUUAUGUCUGUAUGUGAUAUGCCCCGUAUUUACUGGUCAUUAAGCUUGUAUCCUGUGAAUGAAUAUGCUUGUUGUUGUAUGCUAGUUUGAUGUUCAUGGUGAAAAUUACAACUAAAUGGUUGUGUGUCAGUUUGAACCAGAAUUGGUAGAGUGAGUUUGGUGAAUGUUUAAUCAACCGAUACCGAUUUCAAAAGUUGUAAGGAAUGUGUGUUUAAAGCCAUGUUGUAUUAUUGUACUAUGGUGCAUAAUUAGCUUAAUGUUACAAUUAUAAUGAUGAUCUGUUUCAAGUAUUAAUGGUUUGAUCAUUUCAGGCAAGUCAUUGUUCAUUGGUGUUUAUUGAGAAUUACCGUUUCUUGUUAUCCACUUCCAUGUUGAAAUAGGCAAAGGAAUUCCAAGUCCCUUCAUUAUAAGUUAUUGUUUGUUGUGAGAAAAAGGUUUGAAAGAGAGAAUACUCUGGUAGGUUUGUUUUUAUUUAUUUGGACAGCCUUGAUCGAUUAAUUCAACUUAGUGCUUUGGCUGAAAAUUAUUUCAAGUUAUCUGGUUCAGAUGUCUUCUUUGAUUAUUUUCUUCAGCUGCGAAGAAAAAGUUGUCUUGUCCAUCUUAUAAUGAAAGUGUCUACUCCAUAGUCCCUCCGGUGACAGUAUAUUCCCACAGUGCCAUUGACAAGUGAGUCACGAGGUCUGUAGGAUGGUGAGAUGUACCAUAUGUGACAUUCAAUUGACUCCUUUUGUCUUGAUUUUUAGAAAGCUAUUUCGUUCACUUUCAUGAAUUAGAUCCUAGUCAAUUACCAAUUUUCUUUGUGUUUUUAUUCAGCGUUCAGUUCGAAAAAGUCGAUGUCAUUUUGGGUAAUGAAACACCGUCCUGAAACCCAUCGUGCCAUAGAUAAAUAAUAACUUUUGAAAACUACAGGUUAAUCAAUUAUUUGUGUUGAUUUGGACCAAUAUUCUUUUUUUUUUAUUGUUGUUUUAUGCUUUUGAAAAUUAUACAGGAUGCUAUAUAAUAUGUUCAUUGAUUUCUGGGUGGGGAUUAUUUCUCUAUAUGUAGGUGACUUGAUGGACAAAGCCAGAAAAUUAACCAAGAUUUUUGUCUCCAAUUGGGAUAAGGAUCUUACACCAUGGGAAAUGUCUUCAAAAUUUAAACUGAAAAAACAAUUGACCCAGUAAUAAAUAAUUCCAUAAUUUGACAAUGUUUGAUAUUUGAAGUGUUUAACACUAGUGCGUCCUGCAGAAUCUUUUGUUAAGUUUUGUUUGAAUGGGGUCACAGAUACCAAGGUUGAUGAUCCAAGACGGUUUCAGCGUGAAACCUUUGACAUGUUUCAACUCAACAUUGAUCAAAUGGGUUCUUUCCAUGCUUCAUGUUAUGUAAGCAGAAAGACUUCAAAACAAAUGGUCACAUUGUGUAAUUUGAAAUCAUGGCGUAUGUCCCGAUAUCUAAGAUUGUGGGAGUCAGCUGUCAGCAUAUUUCCCCAUUUCAUGUAAGCUUCCAGUCGUUGUUUGAUCACGUAACAGCAGUGCUAUCAGACGAAGAUAAUUUUUUGGAAUGGCCUAAAAUAUUAUUUGCCUGUAUAUUUUUGUACACGGGCAUGUUUUCUGAUGUAUGCAUGGGUUUAUUGGAUGAUAUUUUUUCAGUACACACCUGCAGGUCUCCGUGGCAACGCUAUGUCCUACACGUGCCAAUGUUCAUGUUGCAGACUGUAAUAAAUAUUGCUACAAGCA